AAAUUGUUGUCCACUUCAUCAUGGUGUGUUAACGUGAUGAUGAUGAUGAUGAUGAUGAUUAUGAUGAUCCUGAGUGCCGGCGCGUGUCCUCCCCGCUGCUCUCUGCACGUCUUCGUGGACUUCAGUCAGUCAGAGUUGAAUCAGGAUGAGGUCUCACCUUCGAAGAGUGAAAUAUAUGCAUCACUGACGCAGUGUUCUUGCGUCCAUGUGGAUCAGUUAGUGCUCGUUUUAAAGGGUUUACUGGCAGCAGAGUUUUAUUCCAGACUUUGUUGGCUUUAGUGAAUUAUUAAAGGAGAUUGAAGUGAAGGUUAGAGGCUGAGCGAGACUCAGGCUGUGCGUAAAUGUUUUGCUUUUUUGCUUUUUUGCUUUUUUUGCACCGUGUGUUUGUGUGUGACAGAGUGUGGGAGAGAGAGUGGGCUGAAUUGCAUGAAACAGGGGUUAUAUUUAGGCUUUUUUAAAAAAGUAUAAAUAUAUUUCUAUGAGUCUUCGCAUCUGUGUGAGCGUGUGCGCGAGCGACAAGCUCGAGCGCUUCAUUUCGAUUCACCGGGGACUCCUGCGCGCAACAAGAGCCCCCCAUGGGUGCAAUAGUGCAAGCACAGACGGCGGUGAUUGGCCAGAGGUUGAUCAGAUGGUACACUUCCCCUCUGUAUUCAGUGGCACCUCACAACCCCCCCUUUCAGCAAAAACCAAAUCUCCGAUAAAGUAAUGGCAAAACCACUUGGACUAUAAAAGACAACAAAUCAUAUUCCUCCGGAGUAUAUACACCCCGUUGUCCACCCAAUGAGUUCCUAUUUUGUUAACUCAACUUUUCCCGUGUCUCUGCCGGGAGGACAGGACUCUCUCCUGGGUCAGAUACCGCUUUAUUCCUCGGGAUACACCGAUCCGUUAAGACACUACUCCAACGCGGCCACAUAUGGAGCAGCCAACAUGCAGGAGAAGGUUUACCCGGCGUCUUACUACCAGCAGACGGGCGCAGCGGCCGCGGCCAUCUACGGCCGGGCCGGCGGCGGAGCGCCCUGCGACUACAACCCGGUCGGGACUUUCUACAAGGACGCGGAGGGCUCGUGCGCUUUCUCGAGCCGCGAGGACCAGCCGCUGUUUGUCACUCAGGAGCAUCAGCAGCGCAAAGCGGAGUGCCCGGAGCAAGCUGUCAGCAUGAGCAGCAGCAUCGACGACAAGUCGUCCACGCUGAUCUACCCGUGGAUGCAGAGGAUGAACGCCUGCUCCGCCGGCCCGUUUGGCAGCAGCGGCCGCAGGGGCCGACAGACCUACACCCGCUACCAGACUCUGGAGCUGGAGAAGGAGUUCCACUUUAACCGCUACCUGACCAGGAGGCGCCGGAUAGAGAUCUCCCACGCCCUGUGCCUGACGGAGAGACAGAUCAAAAUCUGGUUUCAGAACCGCAGGAUGAAGUGGAAAAAGGAGAACAAACUCCUCAACCCCUCAAAGACGCCCGAGGAGGAGGAACAGGCGGAGAAAAAGAGCUAAAAGGACACUUAAAUUCAAAUCAAAUAAAAUAAAAGGCAUGUGUGUGUGUGUAUGUGCACACUCCUGACAUAAAAAAAUAAUGUAUUAUUCCUUUGUAGAUACAAAGUGCUGCCAAAUCACAUGUUAGAGACGUGUAGAGUUUAUUCCAGUAUCUGCACAGUGACUGUGUCCGCAUUAGGUUAAAAAUCAGAAACCAGGUCCUCCUCUGUUUGUCCUGUGUGUGCUCGUGCGUUUAUUUAGGGGACUAUGCAAAAAAAACAAACAAAUAAAAUCAAAAAAUUUAAAAAAAAAAAAAAUCCACCAAAAUGUAAAUAAUUUUUAGUGUUUGGUUCAUGUUGUUACCUCAUGAUCGUGUAGGCCUACUGAGUUCCUUUCUUUGUUUAAAUUUUGAUUUUAUUUUGACAUUAAAAGAGGAGUUUUCGUCCUUUUAACUGUACAUCCUGUGGCUGUGGUCGCUCUGUGAUAGUCUGUAGGCUUGUUUUGUGCCAUUAAAAAAAAGAAAAGAAAGAAAUUUGUACAGAUGUUACAUGUUAUUUAUUGUUGUCUUCGAUGCACAUCUGGAUAUUGUGUGCAAUAUUUUGUUUAGGAAAUUGUACAUAGAAAUAAAGGCUUUUUGAU